AUGGACGGAAGAAUUCGACGCGAACACAUGGCGAGCGAUCCCGACGCCGACGAAGCGCUCGCGCGUCGGUUACAGCUCGAAGAGGACGACGCCGCGCGGGCGAUGGGCCUCGGACGCGCGCGCGCGCGGGCGAACGCGGCGCGCGCGGCGAGCGACGAGGCGCUGGCGAGACGAUUACAGGCGGAAGAACUCGCGCGCGCGCGCGUCGAUUCGACGCCGUUCGCCGUGGACGACGGGCGCGAUGGGGCGACGCCGCGACGCGGGCGCACGGGCGCGAUGUCCCUCGUCGAUGGGUUCGUGCGCGCGGCGAUGGGUGGGAUGGGUGGCGCGGGACGGGGCGACGGCGCGGGCGUUCGGGCGACGACGACGUUCGAGUUCCCGAUCGGUCACGGACGCUCGGUGCGGUUCGAGACGGAUGUGUUCGGCGAGCGCGGUGAUGAGAUCGCGGGGGCGAUGGACGCGGCGCGCGCGCGGUUCGAAGACGUCUUCGGGGGGACGCCGUGGGGUCGAGGGACGGGCGGGACGGCGGACGUCGUGCGCGUGCCGAGCAUCAUCGACAUGUUGAACGCGAUGCAAGGGGUGAACUGGGAAGGGUUCGGCGGUGGAUCGGGUUUAAACGAAGAUCAACGCGCGGUGGUCUCGGUGGAGCCGUACGAACGCGCUGCCGAGGAGGCUGAAAACGCGACGUGCGCGGUGUGUCUCACGCAAGUCGAGAACGGCGAGAACGUGAAGAGACUCGGGUGUAAGCACGUCUACCACCCCGAGUGCAUCGAUCGGUGGUUAGAGCGAAGUAGGCUCUGUCCGGUGUGCAAGAGGGACGUCUUGACGGGAGAAAGUGAGCACUGA